UAGAGCUCUGCUUCCAGGCUGCUCACAAACCAAACCAAAACACAAACAAUAACAACAAACAAUACAACCACCACCCCGAACAAUAACAUUCAAAGCAAAUCAUGAAAGCUGCUAGAGUUGAAGGAACUGCCACACCCGUUGUGAUUCGACCAGGCGCAUCCGAAAGAUCCUGGCGUGGUACAUUUCUAUCAUCAGUAGACAACAACCACAAUGAUGAUGACAUCACUUCCUCCUCUUUGGACGAGUCUGUGGAGGAGAUGAUGACAUUUGCAGAACGAAAACGAUUCCUGACGGCUAACAAUGGAAAUGAGGAGAAGGCCAUGGCCCAAUUACAGGCAUAUUUGGAAGCCAGAGAUGAAUUUCAGGGCACUCAGCUGCAACUAGAAGUCUCGUAUCAAAGCCUGAUUGAUAGCCAUGGAAGGGACUAUUAUGACUGGAUGAUUGCCUCGGAGACUGCCAAAGAAGCCUAUAAUGAGGACAAAAGUUCUGCAAUGUUGCCAAGGAUAAUGCGUACUCAUAUCAUGGAAGACGGCAAGGAGGCUUGUGAUCUCGAGGGCCACAGGAUCCUUCAUGUGCUCCCUGCCCAAAUAGACCCUGCCCUCUUCAGCCUCAAAACGUAUGCACUUGCCAUUGCCUUGUACCUGGACCGGAAAGUCAGUCGCGAAUCUGUGGAAACGCUUACCGUUCUGUUGGAUGUCCGUGGAGGAGCAGGCUGGGCCAAUCCCAAAGCAUUCAAUCUCAUGCCAUUCAUUGAAGAGACCUGUAGCAUUUUGAUUUCCAUGUUUCCAGAACGCAUGCACAAGACAAUCAUUUAUCCACUUCCCUACGCUUUGACAUGGACACUCCAAAGCAUUGUCAGCAGUGUUUUGGAUGCCAAGACAGUGCAAAAGCUAGCAAUUUUGUCGGGACAAACAGGAGUUGAUGCGCCAAUGCCCAGACAGAAACUUCUGAUUCAUGUAGAUGAAAAGGUGGCAUCGAUCUGUGAACGUGAACGUCUAGAAGCCUUCACCAUUUGAUUGGAGUGACAGAGUGGCUGACAGACAGCAAACGAACGCCCUAUGCCAGCCAGGCCAGAUGAAUGUACUAGUAUUACAUCACAAUAGAUAGAUAGAUCCUUACAAAAACAUAAACUAAAUAGACGAAUACAAGUUCCGCUC